UACCACCCGCAGGCAGUAGAGUCGAGGGCCGAGUUCCGAUAGCCGCGCUGGAUGGAAGGCCUCCGUUCGCGGCGCUGUCUCUGUAGGCGGUUAUGAGUUUGGCUGGGGGCCGAGCCCCCCGGAAGACCGCAGGGAACCGGCUUUCUGGCCUCUUGGAAGCAGAGGAGGAAGACGAGUUCUACCAGACGACUUAUGGGGGUUUCACCGAGGAAUCUGGAGAUGAUGAGUAUCAAGGGGACCAGUCAGACACAGAGGAUGAAGUGGAUUCUGACUUUGACAUUGAUGAAGGGGAUGAACCAUCCAGUGAUGGAGAAGCAGAAGAGCCCAGGAGGAAGCGCCGUGUAGUCACCAAAGCAUAUAAGGAGCCUCUCAAGAGCUUGAGGCCUCGAAAGGUCAGCACUCCAGCUGGUAGCUCUCAGAAGGCCCGAGAAGAGAAAGUACUGCUGCCAUUAGAACUACAGGAUGACGGCUCUGACAGUCGGAAGUCCAUGCGUCAGUCUACAGCUGAGCAUACACGACAGACAUUCCUUCGGGUACAGGAGAGGCAGGGCCAGUCACGGCGGCGGAAGGGGCCCCACUGUGAGCGGCCACUGACCCAGGAGGAGCUGCUCAGAGAGGCCAAGAUCACAGAGGAGCUCAACUUACGUUCACUAGAGACCUACGAGCGCCUCGAGGCUGACAAAAAGAAGCAGGUGCACAAGAAGCGGAAGUGCCCUGGGCCUGUGAUCACCUACCAUUCGGUGACAGUGCCGCUGGUGGGGGAGCCAGGCCCUAAGGAAGAGAACGUGGAUGUGGAGGGACUGGAUCCUGCCCCCACAGCUUCUGUGCCCACUCCCCGCACCGGUGCAGGCCCCGGAGUCCCUCCUGCUCGCUGCUCCCGUACCUUCAUCACUUUCAGUGACGAUGCGACAUUCGAGGAGUGGUUUCCCCAAGGGCGGCCCCCCAAGGUCCCCAUCCGGGAGGUCUGCCCUGUGACCCACCGCCCGGCCCUGUACCGGGAUCCUGUCACAGACAUCCCCUACGCCACCGCUCGAGCCUUCAAGAUCAUCCGCGAGGCCUACAAGAAGUACAUCACGGCGCACGGCCUGCCGCCCACUGCCUCGGCACUGGGCCCUGGCCCGCCCCCUACCGAGCCCCUCCCCGGCUCUGGGCCUCGGGCCUUGCGCCAGAAAAUUGUCAUCAAAUGAGAUGUGUGGUCCUUAGAAACCUUUCCUGCCCUGACUUGGGCUCUUACUGUUCCCCCUCCUCUCCCUGCUUCUCCCUUGGUCAUCUCUGCGCUGUUCAGCCCUUUUUCUUUCUCUUACCUCCCCCCCUCCCCGGUUCCUGUCAGUUUUAUUUGUGUUUUUUAAUCUAAUAAAAGAGAAAGAUCCCCUUUGUCUGGUGUCUCUUCUA